AUGGGCGUCCAGCCGCGACCGCCCCAGCAGCGAACUCUGAGCAGCUCGGGCUUGUCAGUCCAACGGCCGACCCAACAACGUACCCUAUCCGCCCAGUACCUGCCCCAGUCGCCCGUUCGAAAAGAUAAUCUCAUCGACCUGACUGGCGAUGCCAACGAUGCUGCCGUCGCCCAGAACAGAUAUGGCACACUGCCGCGGAGGGGAGGUUCUCGCCUCAAGCUGGAGUUGUCCAACGAGGCCAUGCUUGCCCAGCACGCCGUCAGCGAGAACCCAAAGACUCUCACGCCCUCUCGCCUCAUGCCCAAGAACGAAGCCUCAAACCUCACCGAUAAGAGCUCGCCGGCCUCGGCCAAGGGCCAGCCCGUCGACGCAGAUAACCCCCCGAUGCCCAUGCCUAAACGCCGCCCGCGAUUCGUCGUCCCCGCCGCCGCCAAGGAUGCACCAGCGCCUGUAAUUGCUGUGAAGAAGGAUGGCCGUCCGAAACCGUACCACAUUGAGACACCCAGCGUCGCCCCCCGAUAUGCGCCGUUUAGCAAGCCGCGGACCGACGCGGCAGCAAAACCAGGCUUUGGAGGUUCGAGUAGUGGCGCGCGAGAUAUCCCGGAUAUGGGUCACGCCGACUUUUUCCCCUGGACCGGAAACCACCCCGAAGACCAAUACACCGAAUCGAUCAUCAAAAAUGGAUACUACGAUAAACAGCCGCAGGCCUCGGUCGAGACACAGUCCGCCAAGGCCGCACUCUUUCCCGCCCUCAAGCAUAAGAGUGGACUCAACUUGUUGUCCAACAUCUUCGUCGGUGUCCUGAAUCAGAGGAAGCUGAAUGGCCAGAUAUCGUCGCCUUCGACCUUCAAGCCGCCGCCGCGCGUUACCCUCACUGAUACCAAGCGAGAAAUGUGGCUGAGGGACUUGGCGAACCCAUCGAUAUCGUUGCGCCGACUGAGCCGAACCAUUCCCCACGGUAUCAGAGGCAAAGUGCUCCUGGACCAUUGCCUCAACAAAAAUGUCCCGACGGAAAGAGCUGUCUGGCUGGUCAAGUGCGUCGGUGCCAACGAGAUACGAGCCUUCAAGAGAAAGGGGAACGGUCCGGGACCCUUCGUGCUCGGUGGCGAGGCGAAGUGGCUCAGAGACUGGACAGUAUUCGUGGAGCAAUUUGUGGAAGGAGUCUCGACGGCCUUUGGCGACAAUGACUGGAAGGCCAAGGUUCAAUAUGCCAUUCGGCUUGCGACGCACCUCUAUGCGGAACAACUACUCGACCGCGACCACUACAUGGACUGGCUCGUCUCCGGGCUGGAGAACUCUACGCAGUCGAAGCUACCCAUGUGGAUUCUCACAACACAGAUAUACUGGAAGGACUUGCUUCGUUUGAGGAGAUAUGGCCGACGAUUAGUGAAUGCAUUACUCAGCCAUCUCAACACGAUCCAUAACGAUCCCGACCGCGAUAUCCUCGUUCAAUUAUCAACGAGGUUAACAUCCCUUCUUACUCCCCUCUUAUCCGCCUACUCCGACAACUUUGUAUCUCCUGCGACUUGGUUUAAGUACAGAGAUGCUCUACUCGCGUCUAUCCCGAUCGAAAACGACUUUGCCCAGAACGCAUUCAAAUGGAUCAAUGUCAGAAACGAGCAGCUAGUUGCUUCAGCCAGCAAUUCGCAGCCUGCAAACCGACAAAUACUUGUAAAACAUCUCGACACCUCAUUCAUGUCUUUGUACAGCCCCGACUUGGCUAUGCAGUGUUGGGCCGUCAGCGAAGACAAGGGAAUGAUAGUACGCACAUUACUAGAGUGGUGCACCUCGUCUCACCGACCAGGCAUGGCCAAGGUCUAUAUCACUGCCAGUCUUCUCCGGACCUGGGUGGCUACUGGGGUGGACAUGACGACCGCCAUACUUGAGUUCCUCAGUCACAGCCCGCCAACCGAAACGACUUCGAAGAAGGUCUUCCACCAACUCGUGUCGGAAAUUGUUCGAUCGGGAGACUUCCAACUUCAGGGCUAUAUUUUCUGGCUUAUUGCUCGAGGUGGACUGAGGAAACCAGCCGAUACCGAGGCGGAAGGACCUUGCGCAACGAGGCUGCUGGUUGAUCUCCCUCUCCACGCUCUAAAUUCCUCUGCCCAAGCGACUCGAGCGAGUCUCCUUCGACGAGCAUCCUAUGACGUCAAUGACGAAGCCGAGGACAUUAACACAGCUCUCAAAUGCGUUCAGCAUGUUAUGGGACUUCCUCUCCCGCCAGGGGAUCCGAUGCUCCAGCGGAAGCCUGUACCGGUCGGGAAGCUUUGUAGGCUGAUUUCCAACAGCAACCGUGCGUUGCAAACUGAGGUCGGAGCCAGGCUUCUGCAAAUAUUCACAAAGGAAAUCAUCAUGACGAAAAAUGGCCCCCAAGUCUCCCCGGGCAUGUUCAAUUUUGCUCGUGCCAUUCUCGAGGCGGCAUCCGACUACACAGUCCUCGUCGAAAUCGUCAAACUGGUGUCAAGGGCCUCUAACCCCGAGAUUCUUGCUUCCUGCGCCGACACUUUCAAUGUUCACCUACCAAUAUUCGCAGCACUCGGUGUGGCCAAGGAAUUAUUCGACGCCCUGAUGGAGAGGCUGAGAGCGGUUAGUGACGAGCAAGGACCUGCUGCGCGACCUCUGUUGGCAUCUUUGGCAAAUCUCUCGACUCUCAUACCCGGCUACACGAAUACUGCUGUCUACUUGCGUCAGCAGCUCCAUCAAUGCGAUCGCAACAACCCUAUCGACGCAUGCUCGCCCGUGUCCGACAACAUGACUGCGCAGCUACAGGAUGCUGAGGGCGAACUACACGAAGAGAUUGAGAAACUCCUCAUGAGUGGGACCAGCGUUGAUCGGCCCACCAUGGAUCGCCUUUUCCAGACUGUAGUUGGACGGCUGGAAUCCUGCUGGUCAAAGUCACCGGAUAGGCAGCGUGCUUACAGUGCACUUCUCGGAAGACUGCGUAUUUUCGACGCACAGCACUUUGACGUACGCAUGACUGACUGGGUCCACCAUAUCAGCGCGUUGAAGGCUCGCCCUGGGCUCGAGAACAUCUACCCCCUGCUCAUCAGCAUGGGUUGUCUGACGUUGCCCAUUAUUCUAACUACGACAUCUGUCGAGGCUAGUAGGAUCGCGACGAACCCUUCGGUGCCCCCCAACAGCACCACGACCUAUAUGCAGGAAGUCCUUUCACUUACGACGAUGCCUCUUCCCGCCAAGACUGCAUUGACACCAGAAGAGACGUACCGGUUCUACAUUCAGCAACGAGUGGCACCGCGCCAGAACCACAAGGAUAUGGUGUACCUUGUUCGAAACGCUCUUGUUGAGUUUUCGAGGCUACAGGGAGUUGUCGACUUAUCCCUGUUGCCACUCGUGAAUGCUGCCAUCAAGGACACCGCGCUGCAAUUACUGAAGUUCCUGGUUCUACGGGAUCCUCCUUCGGUGGUUCAAGCACUGGGUAUCAAAAACCCGGAACCUGCAUUGACUACUCUAUUCGCGCAGAUUACAACCAAACUUCUGCUACCCGAUGCCGGCGAUGGCUCACCACUCACGUUUGAGACUGUCCUAGAACUAGCGAAUGAGUUCACUCUACCGUUUUGCCAGCUCAAGCUAUCAGUUGGCCUUGCGGCGGAUAGCACGACGAGUCCCGGUGGAGGCGAGCAGGCUCUCACACAGGUCGACAUGUUCUCCAGGGCAAUGGACCGCGCAGUGUCCGCGAACAACGUCAUGUGGACUAGCAUGCUGCCCUAUCUGAGCGAGGACAUUACGGAACAUCUCAAGAAGCAAGCUCAUCUGCGGUUCCUGGGCUUGUUCCCGUCACAGAAGAACCCGCCGACUGCGGAUCCUCUUUCGCAGGAAAGUACCCAGCUAGCCGCAAGUCUGCUGUCGGUAGUCGAGGCGAUAUUGAGAGGUCGUCCGCCAGUUCGAACAUCGCAGCUCACUUCGGGCAUGGUCGAGAAAAUCGCAGAGCUGUGGGAGCUCCUCGCAACCGACGACGUCAACAAGAGGGACCUGCGCGCGUCAAUUCUCAGGUACUGGCUCCCCGCGUUGCUGCGGUUCAUCACGCUGCACACGACUGUAAAUGAGCCUGUGCCAGCACCGGCUCAACCCCAGGCCGCCAACAACAUGAAGCCGCCAGUCAAUGCCGCUGCGUUUGAGAUCCGGGCGAGGAUCUUGAUUAUUCUUUCUGGUCUUACACUCGAGCUGGACAAUUUAGCAUUCCAGGAUACUCAAAGCAGCCGACCCCUUGGCCAGCAAGUAUUCGACUUGGCCCUGCUGCUGGUCGACACCUUGCCAGACGACGUCCGCCUGCAGUGCGUGCGAGUCUUGCUUACCGGUGGUACUAUGCAGAAUCCAGCGUCCUCGGAUGUCCGUCUGCGGUACCUCUUCAGCCACAUGCCCCCGCCGACGGAGCAAUUUGUGCUUGCCCACCGACAGCAACUUACAACACAACAAACGGGGCCGCCGCGGGUUAAGAUGCCGAUCUCCAUGCAAGGCACGGAUAAAUUAACGCCGUUCAUCUACCGCAAGUGGGAGAUGCUUAGCGAGCCGACUCCCAAUGUCGGAGAGAAUGACACGGCUCUCAGUCUCACAUUGUUUGAGGCGAUCAAGAUUCAGUAA